AUGCAAAAUAAAAUAAGCAAGCAAUCAUUACUAGGUCGUGCCUCUUCUGACAUUGUUAAGACUGAUGAUCUUGAUUUAGACGAGGAAGACAAAAAAGUUUUAGAGGAAACUACCAAAAAAGGUUACUGCUACUUUAAGGAUCACGCAGCUAAGCACGAGAAGGUGUCAAGUGACUUCCGUCCACAAAACAACUACCUGUUUCUAGGUGAUUUUGUCGAUAGAGGGUUUUACAGCAUAGAAUCUUUUCUGUUGUUGCUUGCGUAUAAAGUGCGAUAUCCGUCGCGCGUGACACUUCUCCGAGGAAAUCACGAAAGCCGUCAAAUAACGCAGGUAUACGGGUUUUACGAAGAGUGUUUGCGUAAAUAUGGCAAUGCCAACGUUUGGCGUAUGUGUACCGAAAUAUUUGACUAUCUCGCAUUAGCAGCUAUUAUUGACAACAAGUAUUUUUGCGUACACGGCGGUUUAAGUCCACAUUUGAAGGGUAUCGAUAUGCUCAAAUCUAUCGAACGACAACAAGAAAUUCCGCACGAAGGUCUGAUGUGCGACUUACUAUGGAGUGAUCCUGACAACGUUGACACUUGGGGGGUGUCGCCGCGUGGCGCAGGCUAUGUAUUUGGCGCGACAGCUGUUGAACAAUUUUGUCAUGCAAAUAAUAUAACGUUUAUUGCAAGAGCACAUCAGUUAGUUAUGGACGGAUAUAAAUGGUGGUUCAACAAAAUGCUUGUGACCGUUUGGAGUGCUCCUAAUUAUUGCUACCGUUGCGGGAACAGUGCGAGCAUUCUCGAGAUAGACGAAGCUGGCAAUUGUGAGUUCAAAAAUUUCGAAGCAGCACCUAUCUCAGAGCGAGGACCGCAAAUUAAAAAAGAGAUUCCAGACUAUUUCUUAUAA